UGGCAGGUAACGAGCGGCGGCGGCGGCGGCGGCGGCGGCGGUGGCGGUGGUGGUGGUGGUGGUGGGUCCCGAGUCCAGCGAGAGCAGCAGCGAUUUUCUAUUUUGUACAUACGUUAUUUUGUAUAUACUGUAUAUGAUGACUUCGGUGAGCAGUGACCGGUCCAGAGGCGCUCGGGAAAAACCACAGAUUUCAGCAACACAGGCAACACAACUACAGAAACAAGUGGUACAGGCAACAGCUGAACAGAUGCGUCUUGCUCAAGUGAUCUUUGAUAAAAAUGAUUCAGAGUUUGAAGCUAAAGUUAAACAGCUUAUGGAGGUGACAGGAAAAAAUCAGGAUGAAUGCAUAGUGGCUCUCCAUGACUGUAAUGGAGAUGUCAACAAAGCUAUCAACGUAUUGCUGGAGGGGAAUUCAGACACUACUUCAUGGGAGACUGUAGGAGGGAAGAAGAAGAAUUUUGGAAAGGAAAGUUCAGAAAACAAAGAGAAUAGAGAGAAGAGAAGUGAGAGAGAAGUGAGCCGUGGACGUGGAAACAACAACCGGAAAGUAAGAGGUGGCAAUCGUGGGAGAGAGUUUAGAGGUGAAGAGAACGGAAUUGAUUGCAAUCAAGGGGACAAGCCUUCCGAUCGAGGCAAGCGAACUCGUGGUAGAGGAUUUGGGCGUGGCAGAGGGAGAGGGGCAGGAAGAUUCUCAACCCAAGGCAUGGGGACAUUUAAUCCUGCGGACUAUUCAGAUUCUCCAUCUAUAGAUGGGUGUGGGACAAAACCAGUAGUUUGGGAAGCUGCUCAGAAUGGUGCAGAUGAGGGAACUGGGGCCUGGAAGAAUUCUGUGGAAGAGUGGACAGCGGAAGACUGGACGGAAGAUCUUUCUGAAACAAAGGUCUUCACUUCCUCAUCUGUUCCAGCAGAGAAUCAUGUCACACCUGGGCAAAGUGUUGAUCUGGUAGCCUUGCUCCAGAAGCCUGUUCCUCCCAGUCAAGCCCCAGAAGUCAACUCCUUUGAAAUUUCUCAACAACAGAGCUUUGGCCAAGCCCUUGUCUUCACGAACUCUCAGCACAACAAUCAGAUGGCACCAGGGACUGGCAGCUCUGAUGCUGUCAACUCCUAUCCGCCUCAGAGUUUGUCAUCAGUCCUUGGUUCAGGAUUUGGAGAGCUUGCCCCUUCAAAAAUGACGAACAUCACCAGCUCCCAGAUUUUGGACCAUUUGAAAGCUCCGAGUUUGGGCCAGUUUACCACCACCUCAAGUUCACAGCAAAAUAGUACGAGUUCUCCCACAACCACUUCUUCUUGGGACCUCAAGCCUCCAGCCUCCCAGUCCUCAGUCCUUAGUCAUUUUGACUUCAAAUCUCAGCCUGAACCAUCCCCUGUUCUUAGCCAAUUGAGCCAACGACAGCAGCACCAGACUCAGGCCGUCACUGUUCCUCCUCCUGGCUUGGAGUCCUUUCCUUCCCAGGUGAAGCUCCGAGAGACAGCACCCAGAGACAGCAGUACCUCCACUGUGAACAAACUUUUGCAGCUUCCCAGCAUGACUGUCGAAAACAUCGCUGUGUCUGCCCACCAACCACAGCCCAAACACAUCAAACUCCCUAAGUCUCGGCGAAUACCUCCAGCUUCUAAGAUCCCAGCUUCUGCAGUGGAAAUGCCUGGAUCAACAGAUGUCACAGGAUUAAAUGUCCAGUUUGGCGCCUUGGAAUUUGGAUCAGAACCUUCUCUCUCUGAAUUUGGAUCAGCUGCAAGCAGUGAAAAUAGUAGCCAGAUUCCCAUUAGCUUGUAUUCAAAAUCUUUAAGUGAUUCUUUGAAUACCUCCCUACCAAUGACCAGUGCAGUACAGAACUCCACCUACACAACUUCCGUCAUUACCUCGUCCAGUCUGACCAGCUCCUCUUUGAGCUCCACUAGUCCAGUAACCACGUCUUCCUCCUACGACCAGAGUUCUGUGCAUAACAGGAUCGCAUACCAAAGCUCUGUGAGUCCGUCGGAGUCAGCUCCAGGAACCAUCACGAAUGGACAUGGUGGUAGUCGAAGUCAGCAGACAGUAGACACUACUUCAUCCGUUCCAGCUCCAAAGACAACAGACCCUCCUUCUGCCCUCCCAUCUGUGGCCUCCUUGCCCAGCACCACCUCCUGCGCUCCGCUUCUGCCCCCUGCAUCCCAGCACACUGCCACUCUGCCCUCCCUCUCCCAGCCUGGGGACCUGUCCAGCAGUCCCCUCUCUCAGCUCAGCAGCUCCCUCUCCAGCCACCAGAGCAGCCUCGCCUCCACGCACAUGCCGCUCUCCGCCAGCACAUCCCACACACACGCCAGCGUGGACAGCGCCCCUUCCCUACAGCCCUCGGCCACCUUCUCAACGGCAGCAACUUCCGCCUCGAGCGCCGUGUCCUCAGGGCUCAGCUUGCCGAGCGGCAUGAACACGGUCAACAGCCUGUGCCUGGGCAGUGCCCCUGGGAGUGCCCCCAGCAGCAGCGCCAGGGCUGCGCCUUUGAUGACCUCAGGCAAAGCGCCCCCUAACCUGCCUCAGGGGGUGCCUCCCCUGCUGCACAACCAGUACCUCGUGGGCCCCGGAGGACUGCUUCCUGCCUACCCGAUUUACGGCUAUGACGAGCUCCAGAUGCUGCAGUCACGGCUGCCAAUGGAUUACUAUGGGAUCCCUUUCGCUACACCCCCAGCCCUCGCCAAUCGAGAUGGGAGCCUCACUAAUAACCCGUAUUCAGGUGAUGUCACCAAGUUUGGCCGAGGUGACUCUGCGUCCCCUGCACCCCCCACCACCCUGGCUCAGCCACAGCAGAGCCAGUCCCAGGCCCACCACACAGCUCAGCAGCCCUUUCUGAGUCCCGCCCUGCCGCCUGGCUACAGCUACACUGGCCUCCCCUACUACACAGGCGUGCCCAGUGCCUUCCAGUAUGGGCCCACCAUGUUUGUCCCUCCGGCUUCAGCUAAGCAGCAUGGUGUGAGCCUCAGCACCCCCAGCACCCCUUUCCAGCAGGCCAGCGGUUACGGCCAGCACAGCUACGGCACAGGUUAUGACGACCUGACCCCCGGCACUGCAGCCGGAGACUACAGCAAGGGUGGCUAUGGUGGAUCAUCACAGACACAGAACAAGGCUGCAGGCUCUGGGCCUGGCAAAGGAGUGUCGGCGACUUCGAGCACCUCUGGCCUUCCUGAUAUGACUGGGUCUGUCUACAACAAGACUCAGACAUUUGACAAGCAGGGAUUUCACGCAGGGACUCCACCCCCAUUCAGCCUGCCCUCGGCCUUGGGCUCCACCGGGCCCCUGGCCCCCGGAGCAGCGCCCGGGUACGCGCCCCCGCCGUUCCUGCACAUCCUGCCCGCACACCAGCAGCCUCCCUCGCAGCUGCUGCACCACCACCUCCCGCAGGAUGCUCAGAGCGGCUCCGGUCAGCGCAACCAGCCUAGCUCACUGCAGCCCAAGUCACAAGCCUCCAAACCUGCCUACGGCAACUCUCCAUACUGGACAAACUGAACCCUGAAGCGGGGCAGGCUUCCCCUGGGCAGGAGAAAACACAUGGAGCCCAUUUCUCUGGGAGCCCGGUGCCCUUUCCUAGAAUUCCUGAGACAUGUAACUGUGUCAGCCGAGCCUCUCUGGGGGAGCCUGCCUCCCAGACUUGCUAUUGUAUGUAAUGUAUUUAUGUACGUAUUUGUAAAUGUGAUACAAGUCUUAGGGGAGUGGGGAGCAGCUGCUACUCUCCCCACUGAAGCCCCUUCUUGCUGUAGCAAAAGCAGCGCCCCCUCCCCUCUGCCUCAGGCCUCCUCCAUAGCCCCCUGCACGGGCAGUGUCUGGAGGGGCUGGCUUAGGGCAGUUCGGGUACUAGGGUCAGGCACCAAUGAAGAAUCACGAUUUAUAUCGCUCCCUUGUAAACCAUUAUUUGAGUUUUUGUCCCUGUGUAAUUACUUUCUCCCUCACUUUUUGAGAAACUGGUCCUUUUGUCAUUUGUCAUGUUCCCCUCCAUCCAAAUCUUGAUCUGGGAAUAGCAGAGAUAUACCCCCCACCCAACAUGAAAGUGGCACCUAUUUGUCUCCAUAGAGAGCAGGGGUGGCUGACCAUUCUUAAUUCUGAAUUUGCGCUCAGAUAUUCAGCCAGUCAGCUCCCCCCUUUAAAAAAAAAUCAGAUAUGCUUUCAUUUUGGUGAGAGCACAUCUUCAGCAAAGGCUCCUCUAUUCCAGUUGUCCUGAACCAGGAGGGUGACUAUUCUGGAGGUUUUCUCUUUUGCCCAAACUCCACCUAAUAAAGUUCUGAGAGCAUG